GAAGGACCGGGGUUGGAUAGUGUGUGUGUGUGGGGUGGGGACGUCAAGUCUGCUAAAGGACAGCCACCCAGAGAGGAAGCUGAACACAGUCUACCCGAGAGAGAGAGAGAGAGAGACAGCAGCUCAAACAUGAUCUCUCUGAUAUCCAGGAUCUCCGUCUUCGGCUUGUUGUGGGCGCUGGUGUUCGGACAGAUCCCAGAACCAGAAAACCUGCGAAUUGAUUUUGUCGAUUCAAAACGUAUCCUCAAAUGGGAUCCUGUAUUUUAUCGAGGUAAUUUAGUGACAUACUCCAUUCAAAGAACAUUCGAAAGCCAUGACAAUCGAAGUUGGCUGGAUGUGCAGAACUGCAUGCUGACCACUGAAACAAGAUGUAAAUUGUUGAAUGAUAUCAAUGUGGCUUGCAACCUAAGAGUGAGAGCAGAACAUGGAAAUGAAAGAUCAAACUGGGUUGAAGCAGUGGCUGAACCAAAAAAUGUGAGAGUUGAUUCUUUGAAUAAAAAGCAUGUUGUCAAAUGGGAUCCAGAUGUUUACCAACUUGGCCCUGUGACCUAUUCUGUCCAGUACCAAGGAAACUACGAAAGAAUGCACAAUGAAAGUUGGUCAGAAGCACAGAACUGUACACGUAUCACUGAAACGGAUUGUGAUUUGUUGAACAGUUUUGCUUUCUACGCAAAGUAUUAUCUAAGAGUGAGAGCAGAACUUGGAAGUGCAACAUCACCCUGGGUUGAAAUAUUGCCCUUUUAUCCAUAUAAAGACACUGUGAUUGGGCCGCCAUUAGUUGAUGUGCUGUCCGAGGCAGGUGUACUACAUGUCACCAUUGCAGGACCAGUCACUGAAAAUAAACUUCCUCUGAACAAUGAUUAUGAGGAUCUUGCAUACCGUAUAUUUUAUUGGAAAGAGAAUGAAGAUGGAAAUAUGAAAAUGGAUAACAAAUCUGUUACAACAUCAACUGUUUUGCUCAAUCUCCAACCAUGGACCAGAUACUGUUUGAAAGUACAGGCCUAUUCUAAGGCGAGUUCUAAGCAAGGACAGUUCAGUCCUGUGAUUUGCGAAUCUGUCACUGCUAAUACUAAGACAAGAGCUUUGGCAGUGGCACAGGUCCUUUUUAUAGCAUUGCUUGCUGUUUUGGUGGUAACAUUGGGUUGUUUCUUCUUUGUCAUCUAUGCUCGCAAAGCCAUCAAGUACCUAAUGUAUCCUUCCUACAGUCUCCCAGUACACAUUAGAGAGUACUUAACUGAGCCAUCCCAACAACCAAUGCUUGGAACACUGAAUAAAGAAGACCUGCAUGAAGAGCAUUGGGACAAGCUCUCCAUUGUCUCACAAUCUGAAAUUCCUUCGGUAUUACUGAAUUCAACUAAAACUGAUACUUCAAAGUCAGAGAAGGAUAAAACCCCAUCUGGUGGGAAGAUACUUAAUGAAGAAGAUGAUGUGCAAAGCAGUCAAUCAAGUGUAGAUUCUGGACAUUAUUCCAACAAUACGGAAAAUUCUGCCCAUAAAACUCCACAGGGUUCAAGAAGAAACACCUAAAACAUAUCAAUUCAAAGACAAUGUGAAUUUGGUGGACUAACAUUAGCCUUUCCUCUGCCUCCUGAAAUUGACUUUGUGGUUUACUAAGAACUGACGCACUUACUUUCACAGAAGGAAAUGAAACUGAGAAUCUCUGUAUUCAACAUUAUUUUUAGUGCUCAACUACGAGCAUUUGGGAGUUAAUUGGAAAACAUAAAUAACUUCAAGGUACUAACAUUUUAAUUCAUAGGUCUGCUGAGGGAGGUAAACAGCCAAGCCACAAUCUAAUCUAAAAACUCAAAUUGGAAAAUCGAAAUAUUUGUGCCAAAUAUUUCCUACCAUACAGGCAGACUUAAAAGAUUGCCCUCCAAGUUAUUCUUUUUAAAAUUGGAACUGGUAAAAGGAGUUGGUAAAAGCGAGAAUGCCUUCCCUAUUAAGCCAGCACCAGGAUGGACUCCCAGCUGACCCUGUUGUGGGGUGAGGGCAGUGUGAGGUGUCACAUUCUAGGGUUCUCUAUGGCCCAUGAAGGGGCCCGCAGGUGGCAAUGGUACUUCCACCACGCUGCAUGCCCUCCAUAAACGUCUCUUCCACUCGGCAAUCAUAAUCACUGAGGCCCAAGUGGCCCCAGCCUUCCACACACAGCCCUCCGACCUGUCAAACAAGACGUGUCCUCAAGGUUGCUGGCCAUGGAUGUAUCCUCAUCGUCCAGGCGAAGUACCAGCUGUGACCACUAUAAGUGAUGGUGCUGCUGAGCUGCUGGCCCUCUGAUUGGGACCUUCAUGUGGAGGCAGGCCUGGCAGGAGGAGCCACUAAAUUGGCCUCCACCAGAAGAGUGGGGUUAUCCGCUUGCCUCCUACUUUUGACCCUGAAGGCAGAUCAUGUCCCACUUCCGCAAAACCUGAACCUUCCUUUCCACAUCUCUCUAAGGCACUGUCUGAGCAGGAAGCCUCCUGAGGCCAUUCCCACCGAGUUACUUUAUUUUCAGUGACAGCACUGUGGGUGUACCUGCACCAAGUGGAUUGUAGCAGUUUCAUAAAGGCAGCUCACCGUUAUCUUCUCAAGGGCAGCAAUGGAUGGGUGAUAAAUAAUGGCCCAGCCAACAAUGCCCACAUUCCCAUGAUUAAAUAAAACAAAAACUAAAGUAUGAGUUGGAAGGUUGAAACAUCAAGAUGUUGUCAAGUCCAAGGUUUGUUUAUCUCAGUGAACAGACCCCAUGGAAUAUGUUUUUCUAAAACAACUUGGUUCCCCUUUCAAUGAUAGUCUUUCUGUAUUGUGAAUUGACGGGUUAAGCUGACCUCCUAGCCUUCUCUCAAAGUUGGUGUGUGGGUAACAGAUAUGGUAAGCAGGAUAAAACAUGAAUGACAUCACCCUGAUCUCCUGUUCCAUUGGGGCUAGGAACCAGGUCUCCACUUAGUAUUAAUCCUGCUGUUGUGGGUUGGCAAUGUGAAUUUGCCCUGUGCAAAGAACAAGUGUCCUUUUACCUCAGAUAUUGCACAGCAUUGCUAUUAAGGAAACCAUAGCAUAGCAGUUGUGUUACUGAACUAGCAGUCAGGAGGCAUAAGUUCAAAUGGCAUUUGGCAACUAAAUUCUGUUGAUGAGGAGACUUGGAAUAAGAAAACUCAUCUGCAAUGGUAAUUGGUGGGCGGUAUAAAAACCAGACUGAUUUAUUCGUGUCCUUUAGGGAGGAAAAUCUGCUAUACAGUUUAAUCUGUAUGUGGAACAAUACCUAUAACAGUGUGAUUAACCUGUAACUGCCCUGUUUUGACUGAACAAACCUCCCAGAUAUUGACAAUAGUAUAUAUUGGUAACACAUACACUUGAUUUAAUGAAAGAAAACUCACUUUAUAAAAUUGACAUGAAUCCUUGAUUGCCUACAUUAUAGUGUAAAACAAUAGAAUAUUUUGACUAUUGUAUUUAUAGUUAGGUCAAUUAAAGAAUGAAUAUUCAGUAAAGAAUUAGGUAACAUUUCUUUGGAGAGAAAUUUCGACUGCUCUUAAACUUUAUAAUGUCUAUAAAAUGCUUUUUGCAAAGUGUACUAGUUUACAGGCUUCACUUUCCACAGCCAUUGUCUUUUCAUUUUAAUAUCAAAUUUGGCAAAGGUACUACUCAAGUUAGUCAGAACAAUUCAAUAAAGAAAACUUUCAUUCUGUGCUAUUUUAACACACUUCAUUUCCAUUGGAAGAAAUGGGAAAUAAAAUAUUAUUAACAGUAACUGGCACUGAAUAUGUAUUAUUAAGCCAUACUCUAGGUGUACUUGGGGGAAGUGGAUUUUACAGCCUGACCAUGUAGAUUACAUUUGCUAAAAUCCCAAAAAGGGAUUAUGUGUUGAAUUCAUUUUAAACACAAUCAACUUUUAAUGGAUAUGGAAAUAACAUUUAUUCAACUGGAUUAUUAGUUGCUGAUGUGGGCAUUAAAACAUGUUUUCUAAAUAAAAAGCAUAAAUAACUUAAGGUAA